ACUAACCGCCAAAAGUGAAAUAACUCCAUGGUUACAGCUAUUCACAAAUGUUUACAAUAAAAAAUCAAACUUCUGUCGAUGGACUGUCUUGUUCCUUUUAAACAAAGAUUUAAAAUUUUUGCAGAACGUAUUCACCGUUGAUUAAAGUUAAAUUGUCUAACUAGUAUGGAAUCAGGUUUGGUCGAGAUAUCUAAUGAAGUUUUGUCUAGGCCCAAAGUUAAAGGAUUCAUGGCAAUUGAUAACAAAGGCUUGUGUUUACAAUCUGAAGGAAUCAAUGAAAAUCUUUCUGGAAUCUUUUCUGCCAUUGCAAAUUCGGCCAAAUUAUUAGAUACAGAAGAUGACCCAGUAGUAGAAUUGGAAACGGAUAAAGGACGUAUUCUUAUUCAAGGCAAAGGAAAUGUUGUUACAACAAUUUAUAAAACUAAAUAAACCUGAUGUUUAAAGCAUGUACAUCAAUAUUUUUCAAACAAAACUCGCUUAGCAAUCAACCAUCGAUGAGCCUCCACCUACAUGAGGUUAUCCUUUUGUUUCAUGCAUUAAAAAUAUCUAUGUUCAGAUAAUAAAAUUAGUGCUCAUUUUCA